UGAAUGGAAAAAACAUGCGUCUUGAUGGAGAAAAAACUUCCCCAAAACCGGAGUACCUCCAACUGAAGCGUGGGAUUGGAUUGUUUAGUGGCGUAUCCCUGAUUGCUGGCACAAUGAUAGGUUCUGGGAUCUUCAUGUCUCCUCAGUGGGUCCUCUACUACGUGGGAAGUCCAGGAGCCAGUCUGCUGAUAUGGGCGGCUUGUGGUCUGCUUGCCAUGCUGGGGGCAUUGACCUACGCUGAACUCGGAACUGUGAUUAAGGAGUCAGGAGGAGAUUACAUAUAUAUUUUAAGAAAUAUUGGCUCACUGCCUGCUUUUCUCUUAGCGUUCACUUCUAUCAUGGUGACUAGACCUGCUAGCAUUGCAGCGAUAUCUCUGAGUUUUGCAGAAUAUGUGGUGGCAUCAUUCUAUCAAGAUUGCCCAAUGCCCCAAGUGGUGGUAAAGUGUACUGCAGCUGUGUGCAUCCUAGUCUUAACCAUCAUUAAUUGUCUUAGUGUUAGGCUGGCAACCUCUUUUAUGAACAUUUUUACAACAGCCAAGAUCUUAUUAUUGUUGGUUAUAAUUGCGGGUGGAAUGGUUCUUUUGGCCAAAGGAAACACUCAGGUAUUGCAGAACUCCUUCGAAAAUACAGUCACCGGUUUCGGUCCUAUAGGAUUGGCUUUUUAUCAAGGACUCUGGUCGUAUGAUGGAUGGAACAACCUUAACGGUGUGACGGAGGAACUGAAGAAUCCCCAGGUCAGUGAGUACUGAAAAGACAUAAUAGUGGGAGUGAAGGAAGCAGAAAGGAAAUGAUUCAGUAAAGGUGCAUUUUUUUAUUCCCUCUUUGGGGCACAACAGUCAAAGAAUACAAUGGCAGCUUAGCAAGUAGCUAGGUGAUAUUAACAAUAAACACAAAAACACUAAUGAGAACCCAGUAGGUUUAGGAAUACAAAUGUGCCCUGGUGUUCUCCUAUCCUUUCAUAGAAACAUAGAAACAUAGAAUGUGACGGCAGAUAAGAACCAUUCGGCCCAUCUAGUCUGCCCAAUUUUCUAAAAACUUUCAUUAGUCCCUAGCCUUAUCUUAUAGUUAGGAUAGCCUUAUGCCUAUCCCAUGCAUGCUUAAACUCCUUUACUGUGUUAACCUCUACCACUUCAGCUGGAAGGUUAUUCCAUGCAUCCACUACCCUCUCAGUAAAGUAAUACUUCCUGAUAUUAUUUUUAAACCUUUGUCCUUCUAAUUUAAGACUAUGUCCUCUUGUUGUGGUAGUUUUUCUUCUUUUAAAUAUAGUCUCCUCCUUUACUGUGUUGAUUCCUUUAUAUAUUUAAAUGUUUCUAUCAUAUCCCCCCUGUCUCGUCUUUCCUCCAAGCUAUACAUGUUAAGAUCCUUUAACCUUUCCUGGUAAGUUUUAUCCCACAAUCCAUGAACCAGUUUAUAGCCCUUCUCUGAACCCUCUCUAAGGUAUCAAUAUCCUUCUGAAGAUACGGUCUCCAGUACUGUGUACAAUACUCCAAGUGAGGUCUCACCAGUGUUCUGUACAAUGGCAUGAGCACUUCCCUCUUUCUACUGCUAAUACCUCUCCCUAUACAACCAAGCAGUCUGCUAGCAUUUCUUGCUGCUCUAUUACAUUGUCUGCCUACCUUUAAGUCAUCAGAAAUAAUCACCCCUAAAUCCCUUUCCUCAUAUGUUGAGGUUAGAACUCUAUCAAAUAUUCUGUACUCUGCCCUUGGGUUUUUACGUCCAAGAUGCAUUAUCUUGCACUUAUCCACAUUAAAUGUCAGUUGCCACAAUUCUUUCCCCUCUCUAUAGGUAUCAGGCUGGGUUUUGGGCAUCAAGUUCAAUGAUCUCAGCCAAUCCAAUGCUUUCCCGUAGGAGAGCAAUGGGAGGCUCGUGCGCAUGUGCAGCAAAACCAUCUGAUGGAAAUAUUGGAGUUCUACUCAACUUUACUCCUCUAAAGUAUGACAGUCGCUAGAGGUAGGUUUACCCAGCAAUGAAAACUUUGCUAUUCCUGCAGAAGGGUUAAAGCUGGUGGCACAUGGCACACUUCAUGGAGUGGUCUGGAAGCCUAUAGUUUUCCUUGAAGGCCAAAAUAGCUGAGCUGGAAAAUUAUCUUAGUCCAUUAGUCAAGUUAAUUUACUUUGCAUUCUCACUUUAGCAAAUAGCCUCCCACAUUUAUUGGCAAGAUCUAAGUGUGACAAAUAUUGUAUUAUAGGUUAAUAAUAAAAAAAAAACCUUUAACUCCAUGAAAUGGCAUGACCUGUUAAAAUAAGGUACACCUCCAGUCAUCAGUAAAGCUGAAAAUGUAAACUGCAGAUAUAACCAUGACAGAUGUUUUUCUAACACACUUAUCAGUAGUCCUUAAAAUGCCUGGAAAUUAGAUUUUUUUUUCAAUCAAAAUUGAGGGUGCAGAUCACUUUAAGAGCGCCCAUAUGUCCUCUUUGCACUUCUUGAUGACUCAGAUCUUAAAGUGGUCUAUACCUGAUACUGAGUACAGAAUAUGGAGCUCCACCACGGGACAACCAUGGAUCCUGCUCACCCUUCACUGGACCACCAGUGAAUGUAAAUGGGGGAGGGAACAAACACCCACACAGCACUUACCCACUCUUAGAUGUUUUUAUGUCUCAACUCGAAAUAUAGCCACCACACACACAACUAGUACACACAGACACACUCAGCCUCCCUCCAUACAGCUCUCAUCCUUCUCCACAUACAUAAAACUCAGCCACCACACACACUAGAAAAUAUGUAUAGAGGAUGCAGCUGUGGAUCUACAAAAAUCAAAAAAUAUAACGGUAUAAUACAAUUAACAAAGAAGUAUAUGCGCUCCCACUCUCAUGACAGCAACUAGCCACACUCACAGGAUGAAGACUGAUAUGUAUCGCCUCCUUGAUGGCAGCCGUCACACCAGUAUAACAGACAGGACUCCAAAAAUGAUCCAAAUAAAAAUCUGCUUUUAUUUUUUACAUCAAGCAUAAAAGAGCUUGUAAAAUAAAAUGGAAAAAAAUAAUUAAAAAAACCAAGUAUGGCUAAAGGUCCUACGCGUUUCGCCCUAUAUAUAGGAUUUCCUCAGGAACCAUAAACAUAAAACACUUAAAAAUAAUAAAGUAAAUAAACAGCAAAGGCAAUAAUGCUUUCAAACAGGAGAAGGCAGUAGAACGCUCCCCCCCCCCCUCCCAACCCCACACCACCCUAUUAAGCUUACAAUCUAAAAUAUACCGUAUUAUCGAACACUUGAACAUGGUUGCAGCAGUUGGUGAAACACUAGAGAUUGCAACCUAUAAAUAAAUCAUUUAUAGCAUGAUCCACAGCUAGUAACCCAGCGUUUAUUUAGUACUGUAACAAAGGAAGCAUCCAUAACUGAACAUCUCUGUUUGAAAAACAUACAGGUCUCUUGUUCUCCUUUGUUUCUUGAGCUGAAUAUGUUUGUACAUUGUAAAUGCUUGAAUCCAAACCCCUUUUUAUACAGCGUAUUCUUGGUUAUCUAUCGUUUAGUGACGGUGUUCGUGUUAAACUGUGCGUUAAGUCGAAUGACUUUUUAUUGUAAAUGUAUUGCAGGUAAACCUACCUCGAGCAGUCAUGAUUGCCAUUCCUCUGGUGACCUUUAUCUACAUCCUGGUCAAUGUUAGCUACUUUGCAGCCUUAAAUCCCACAGAGCUUCUUUCAUCGGAUGCUGUUGCCGUCAGUUGGGGGUGA